UCCAAUGAACAAACAUGUCGUCGACGACAUGAUUUCCUUAAUUAUUUAUUUAAAAGUUUAUUUGAUUCUGUGAAUUGAUUUUAUUUAAAAUUGUGCUUUAUUAAUAUGCGGUGGUGCAAGAUAAAUGCGGUGGUUCUGUUUAUUUGUGUCUGUUUAGUGGAUAUUUCUUUUUGUAUCAAUAAUGAUGAAUUUUCACAUCACACAAUUAUCAAACCAAAAUUUUAUCACGGACGAGAAAAACGUGAAAUAUCGACGACAAUCGAAAACGAUACUUUGCACACACACGAUAUUAGUAUAACUUACGAUUUAGAUGGUAGAGAAAUAAUAUUAGAUUUAAAAUUAAACCACGAUUUAGUAUCCAAAGAAUAUUUUGAGAAAACGCAAAAAAACGGAGAACAUGUCAUAAAUAAACCUGCAUACCAAGAUAUAGAUUUUUGUCAUUACAAUGGUGUGAUCAGAGGUGUGGAUAACACGUGGGCGGCUGUUUCGACAUGUGAGGGGCUUUUGAAAGGGGCUCUUUUCGACGGUAAAGAAAUUAUUUAUUUACACAGUGAGCCCCUUAAUAAGACUUCGACAGAACGAGGAUUCGAAAAUGGACAGCAUUUUGUUUACAAGCAUCGACACUUAAAACCAAAUAAUUUCACUUGUGGUUACAAAAAUGAAUUUGAGGCUCAACAUGCUCACAAUGCAAAGGAACAUGAAUUUCACAGAAUUUUAAGAUAUAAAAGAAGUGCAGAAAUCAGAAAUGUCAAAGGACCUUAUAAUUCUAAUCAACAAUCCAGAUAUGUUGAACUUUUAUUAGUAGUAGAUAACAAAGAAUUUAAAGCUUUGGACGAAAAUACAGGAAAAGUUUACAGACAUUGCAAAGAUAUUGCUAAUAUUAUUAAUUCGUUGUAUUCUCCUCUGAAUAUUUUCAUCGCCCUGGUUGGAGUUGUGAUCUGGACCGAGAAUGAUGAAAUUUCUUUAGUCAGCGAUGGGGACAAAACGUUGACGAAUUUUUUGCAUUAUAGGAGAGAAAGAUUGGUCAAAGAUCAUCCUAAUGAUAAUGCGCAAUUACUCACUCGUGUCCAGUUUGAUGGUGGUGUUGUUGGAAAAGCUUUGAAGGGCCCUAUCUGCACAUAUGAGUACAGCGGUGGAGUCUCAAUGGAUCAUUCUGAGGUGGUCGGUCUUGUAGCCACAACUAUGGCCCAUGAGAUGGGCCAUAACUUUGGAAUGGAACAUGAUACUUCAGAAUGUGAUUGCCCAGAUGAGAGAUGCAUCAUGGCAGCUUCUUCAAGCACGAUUAUACCUAAUCAUUGGUCCAGUUGCAGUCUUGAAUAUUUGGCACUGGCAUUUGAACACGGAAUGGAAUAUUGCCUGAGAAAUAAGCCUGAAAGAUUAUUUGGAAGUCCUGUGUGUGGAAAUGGUUAUUUAGAAGAUGGUGAAGAAUGUGAUUGUGGACUUCCAUCUCGGUGUCAAAACUCUUGCUGCAAUGCUACCACUUGUAUGCUUCAUCAUAAUGCCACGUGUGCUACAGGAGAAUGCUGUGAUUUAGAAACUUGUGCUCCGAAGAAGGCAGGAACUUUGUGCAGAAGCAAUGACCAUGAAUGUGAUUUGCCUGAGUAUUGUACAGGUGACAAUGAAUUUUGCCCACCAGAUGUGUAUAAAAGAAAUACUGAAGAAUGUAAUGGUGGCAAGGCUUUUUGCUACCAAGGUACAUGCAGAACCAGGAACGAUCAGUGCAAGUUGCUAUGGGGACCCUCUGGACUAUCAUCAGGUGAUGAGUGUUACAAAUCGAACUCGAGAGGAAACAGAAAUGGAAACUGUGGCUAUAAUCGUUUGAACCAAACCUUCCUCAAGUGUCGAGACGAGCACAUUUUCUGUGGAAUGUUGCAGUGUAAACACUUGAACGAGCGUUUGGAAUUCGGAAUGGAAUCCGUUUCCAUCUUGUCCUACAAUUUUUUAAAUGUGCAAGGAAACAUAAUACCUUGCAGGACUGCCAUUGUCGAUUUGGGUCUGAAUCAAGUUGAUCCAGGAUUGACACCUGAUGGGGCAAAGUGUGGCGAGGGAAAGAUGUGUGUCAAUCAGAAGUGCAUGUCAGUGUCUUCUCUCCGUGCAACUGCUCACAAAUGUCCUGGAGAUUGCAAUGGGCACGGGAUUUGCAACUCCUUAGGUCACUGCCAUUGUGAGCCGGGCUAUGCGCCCCCUUUGUGCGACUAUCCUGGACCUGGAGGCUCCGAAGAUAGUGGUCCGGCCACGGAUCCUGAUGCUCGGCGUGGUUUCAUAGUCUCGAUGUACGUGAUAUUUUUAGGAAUCGUCCCACUGAUGGCCCUCUGUGCGCUCUUGAGUUUCUAUUAUCGGCAGAAUCCGGUCCUGUUCAAGAGAAAGAUCACCAGCACCAAACUGUCACCGACCGGAAAAUCGUCGUCCAAACAAAACGACUUUCAGAGACGCGGAAACGUCUUGCCAUUCCGUCCUACAAGUCCCACAUCUAUCAUCAAUUCUACGAGUCCUCAAAGCUGCGAUGAACUGAGCUCAUCCCUUCUGCAAACAGGUAGUGGAGAUGCAAAAGAAAAUAUGUUCUUCGGACACUUCAAAGGCUUCAGUUUGACACCCUUGGGUAAAACAGGUGAUGAGACUUCUCCAUCGUCCAAUGCUCCGCCCAUAAAUCUGAAUAAUGACAGGAGAAAUGGUAAAAAUAUUGCUUUGGUUCAUCCAACGACUAAAGUUCAAGAUCCUUCCAAGGCUCCUGUGCGAAGUGCACCUCCUGUACCACAAGCUCCAGUGAUAAAAAAUAAUUCUGUUGGUAAAAUGGAUAUACCAAAGAAACAGACUAAGAAUACAGUACAUUGGGAUAAAAGUACUAUUGAGGAUUUGAAACCAGCUUUACCUCCCUUGAAUCCAGGAUCGCAUGCCAGACCGUUGAUUUCCGAACCGAUUUUGGAAGGCUCUACAUGCACGAGGAAAGAAUUGAUCUCGCCUUUGAAGCAUUCUAAUAGUAUACCAAUUCGAUCGGCUCCUGAAGUCCCGCCAGCAGCAAGACCACAAAGUACAGGUGAUAUACUUGAAAAUCCAGCCAGUGACAUCAAAAAGUUAACUAAAGAGAAUUCCAACAACGCUUUGAAUAGGAUAGCCAGUUUUUUGAACAAGGACAAAAGCAAAUCCCAAAGCAACACUUCCACUUUAACACGCACUAGCAAGGGUAACAAAAACUUGGACUUAAAGAAUCUACAAAUAUCUAAUCCGAUUUUGCAGCAGGACAUUGUAUUACCGGAUGGUACUGUAUGUGUGAUGUCAGACUCUGAAGAUGAUGAUUGCGGUCGUACCAUGGUCACCAGGUCCAAAAGUAUGAGAUCGCCUUCGUCACCUCAGAGACCAAACAUACCUAAUUUUGGUUCCAUGCGUCAACCAUCCGGUAGCAGACGACCUACAACUAUUUCAACAAACACUAGACCCAACAGACCACCCCCUCCCAGACCAGACUACACUCCCGACAAAGAAAAAGUAAACAAAAAACUGGCGGAAUUGGACAAACUUGCUGCGGCGUCUGACUAUCAAGUGCCAAUACAACGAACAGUAGAAUUUUAUGAUGAUGAAGCGAUAGCACCUUUGGCUAACAUCAGCGAAGAGUUGACACCUUCAAGUAAUGAUAAUAUAUAUGCAGUUAUCGAGGAAAAUUCGCCACCAAAGGGUAAGGAAGACAAAAAUUUGUUGUCGCCGCAGAGCUUUAAGUCCGUUCAGUCAGGUAGCAGUGAAAGCGUUGGUUUGCUGGGUGAAAUUGUGAAUGAAAUACAGCAUAGGAAUUUUGAUUCUAUAUAUUCUACAUCUACUUUGAAGAAAAAUGGUAAAGAUACAUCUUAUGGAGGAGGAUAUGCCAGUGACUCAGAUAGCAGCCAGGCGAUAUAUGUCAACACUGGACCUGAUAGUGAAUACAUGAACACAGCUCCAAGCACAACCAGUAGUGGAUAUGUGAAUCCUCAAAGUAUAAAUAUAAGCAAACCUGAUGUAGAACCAGAAAAAAAUACAGUAAGUUCAAUAAAACAAGCUUUGGAUGCAAAAGCUUCUGCAUCAUCAAUUCCAAAAGGUAGUAGUAAACAGACAAGUUCGAUUCAAUCAACCAAAUCGGGUAACAGUAAACAGACGACACCGCCAACAAGUUUUAAACCUAGCGCAGCUAAAUCUACAACAAUGAAUCCAAAAUCUACUUUAGAUAGUCAGAAUAAAUUUUCAUCCAAAAGUGCAACAUCCUCUAAGCUAGUCAAUGGCAAACCACCAUCAAAGGCCACAACCAGUAAAACAAGCACAAAUGAAAAACCUAAAGUAACUCCAAAGCCCAAAAAUAAUUCACUAACCAAUAAGUCAAAUAGUGAUGCAACUGGCAAGGUUGUGAACAAACCCAACAUGAGUUCCUUACACAAAUCCAACACUACCGACACAUCAAAACCAGCUGCAAGUAAAUUCCCCGUAAUCAAAAAUUCUAAUGUUGCUGCGUUACAACAGAAAUUUGAAAAUCAGAAAUAAAUGGAUAUUUAUUUUUUAUCGAGGUGCUGCAUUUAAGGGUUGAUUUAGUUUUUCAACUCUAUAAAUUGUU